AUGAAUGGCGGCGACACCGAGGCCCGGACCGAUGAUGGGUGGACGCCACUGGCACAUGCUGUGGAGCGGGAGAUGGCGGCUGCCGCCGUCAAGGUACUUCUCGAGCAUGGAGCGGAUAUCAAGGCACUCUCUCCUAGAGGAAUAUCUCAUCUGCGGGUGGCCUGCGAGGUCGGAAACGUUCGGAUUGCUGAGAUAUUGCUGGAACAUGGAGCCGAUCUCUCUGAUGAAGAUCCAACGCUGCAGCCCCUCAUCAACGUGGCUGCGGCGAACUUUGAUGCUAAACUUGUCGAGGUUCUUAUGAGUUAUGGAGCAAGGAUCGAGGACACCGAUGUGAACGGGUUCACACCAUUGAUCGUGGCAUCAAGUGAAGGGUGCGUGGAAACCGCCAGAGAGCUUCUUGUCAGCGGUGCCAAUGUGGAAGCGACACUUAUAAGUGGACACACAGCUCUCCAGGCUGCUACAAUUAACGGGAGGACUGACGUUGUCGAGCUACUCCUCAAGCACGGGGCAAAUACCGCUGUCCUGGACGCCGUUGGCCGUACGCUAGCACAUUUAGCGGCAAGCAACGGCCACUUCACCAUUUUCAAAUUACUCUCCAAAGUUUCGGACAUCUACAGGAGAGACAACAAUGGGCGCACGCCCUUCUUCCACGCCGCAAUACGCGGCCGCUGUGACAUAUUGUCCUUUCUUCUCUGCUCGGACAGGGAUGGCAACGUCAACAACGCUGGCCUUAGUGGAGCUCAGGCGGACCACUCAGGCAACAUCAAAGACUUCUUUGGGACGAUGCCUAUCGUGGCGGCGGAGAGAAACGGACACGAGGACGCAGUUCAGACUAUACUCACCGGCAAGUCCAGCAUGUCGAACGUUGGGUGGGAGACCCCCUGGUGGGCAAAGAAGAUACUGCCCAACAUGUGCUAUUGCGAUAAUGUGAUGGCGGACGACUGCUGA